AUGUCUACGUUAUUACAAAAAGAUGGGAUCAAAAAACGUGGCUUCAGGUAAUCUCCAAUUCUUGAAAGAGAAUGAAGCAUAAGAUGACGUCUAUGCUGAUCCAAGUUUCACUGAAACAGAUCCUUAGCCAGCCGCACCUUCCUCUCGCUCAGUUCAAGGGGGGAGUCAUAUGUAACUCUUUCUUUCAAAGAGGUUGGCCUAGAAAGAGACCUUAGCAGAGUUAUUCAAGCUGCUGCUGACGAGGCGGAGGAAGAGAUUGAAGCUUUUAGAGUUGUUGUUCGAAUCUUGAGUUUACGGGGUCUACAGCGAGUGGUUCUUGAGGGCGUCGUCAGGAGGAGAUAUGCAAGGCCAAAGGAAUUGGAAUGA